AUGGUAGGUGUACGUCUUCGCGUGCCCAGCAGCUUGGCAACACUUCCAUCGCCUCAACCUCAAGCUUUGAACGUGUUACUGGUUGUUUUUUUGCUUGUAAAACAUCCAGAACUCGUGUCAUUGAGGGAAGAAGAAAAUGAUGAUCUUGUUCAGUCCAGAAACCCACCUUUUGAUAUCUCUCUCUCGUUUCUCUUCCUUUCUUCGUGCUCUCUCUCUAGUUCAGCUUGCUUGUGUGCAUGUUGUCAGUUCCUCUCCGACUUUUCUCGUCUCCUUUAUGCUCUAUUAUUUUUCAGUUUUCCUUCUGUGCCUCGUGUUCUCUACCUCCUUCAGUUUUGGUCCUUCAUUUGGUUUUCUGCAUUUUCUUUGUUCUACUUCUUCUUCGCUGGUGUUUUCUCUUUAUUUUCUGCCUCCGCCUCAUUCUCGUUCAUUCUCGCUUCCCAUGCUUUGUUUUUCCUUCAGUUUUCGCGUGCAUUUCUCUUUGGGGCUGGGGUUGCUUGCUCUGCAUUUUUUGCUGCAUGUUCGCGUGUUCUCUUUGUGAAGCUUUUCUACAGUCUGCGUUUUCCUCUGCUGCAUGCAUUGUUCUUUGCUCUCUGUCUUUCCUUUCUCCGUUUUAUGACUGUGUGUGCUUCUGGCAUUUUCUGCUCAUGUUUCUGGCUUUUUCUGCUAUAUGGCCGAAGCUUUGGCUCUGCCUGCAUUCUUUUUUUGCUCUUUGCUUCUGGCUAA